AUGCUCUUGGUAGCUGAGAUCAUGCCGGCCACAUCCGACUCUGUUCCUCUCAUAGGUGAGUGCUCAGGGAGACCUUCAUCCUCACCCUACUCCUUAAUCUAUCAAUUUUCUAAUCUGUCCGUUUCUCUAGCCAUCUGUUCUUCUCAGUCAUCCAUUCAUUCCUUUCAUCAAUCCAUCUGUCCCCUCUGUGUCACCACAUCCGCAAGACGAACCGGUCAUAAAUUACCCGAGGUAGAAAGAGCUGAUGAAGCAGAAAAAGUGACACACUCCUUUAAAGCGAAACUGGGUGGCACCUCCAAGUUCAUUUGUCACAUACAGUAGGUCAUUAAUCGGUUGGACUUAUGGGAUAUAAGUGCGAUCACUCACCCAUGAAACCUGGGGUGUAUUUAGAAGCACCAAACGGAGUGAAAACAUACUGAAACAGGGAGGGGACUACCUGAAGUUGUUCAUUAAUAAAUGCUUGUUUUUGUUAUCCGUUGCAAAACGUUUUACUACGGUGUGCCCUAAUGAAUACAACGACCCUGACUACUUAGCAUCUGAGACCUCCGCGGUCAAGUGGCAGGCAGUCAGGUUAGAGAUUUUUUUUUUUAAUUGAGUGUUAUUUUCUACUGUACCAACAAUUGCUGAUGGGGCGCACAGUUAGUUAAGCUGAAGUGAGUUGACUAGCAUGUGACAGUCUGGCAAGCAAAUGGGUCAAUUGAUGAAUGUUACAAGCAAAUGAAAAAAUGAGACUUGGCGUUGAUUGCAGUGCCGCAUGGGAGUAUAGAUUGCGGUCUCUUUUUAUAAUUUGAUUAAUAUAUAUAUUUUGGUAUUGAGCAAUGCUCAAAGCAAUGGAUAUGCGUGUGUAAUCUUUUCCGCUAAUGAAUCUUUAGUUCAAUCCCAAUGACUCUUCAUAUUUUUACAAUUGGCAGAUAUUCUUAAACAUAUUGAUAUCCUCAUGUCAGCUAUUUCUCUGCAUGCCAGCCGAUUGGUUCCACAACAUCUUCAAGCUAUCCAAUAAAGAGAGGCCAGAUCCCCCUAACAUGAUAUGAUGGCCCAUUUAGUCUCUGACUUGAGGAACAUAUUCAGCUUGCCAGGGCUGGCUCUAACCUAACAGGAGAGAAAGUUAGUUAAUUUCUUAUUAUACUAUGUCUGUCCUUGACUGAAGAGGAACAUUUGCACUACCAAAUUUCGAUAUUGCACCCUGUGUCACAUGGUCUGCGUAUAGGGCAAGUCGGCCUUGCAGCUUGCUGUAGCGUUCAGAAGUUAGACUAGAGAUAGAAAUGUAAUAGAAAUAUAGUAUUUUCUGCAGACAUCCUUUAUUAGCUACAUUUCUAUCUUCAACAUUCUGAACAUUGCGACUGACUGAACACCAGGCACGGUUCAAAUGCUCACUUAUAAAUAAAUUAAUAAUCUCUGAGGGGCUCUUUUUAGGGCCAUACAUCAUUAUGCAAGACAGUAAACCUCCUGCUGUGUGGCUCAGUUGGUAACAGCGUGGCACACGUAAUGCCAAGUUUGCGGGUCCAAUUCCCAAAGGGAUUACAUACACAAACUAUGUAUGCACUCACUGUUCUAUAAGUCGCUUUGGAUAAAAGCAUCUGCUCUGUGGCAUAUAUUAACUGAAUAUGCCCUUGGUCUCCAGUCAUAGUAUAUCAUCUCCUAUGAUUCCUCUGAGUUAAGCCCUGCCUCUCUCUCUCUCUGUCUAUUUGUAUUCCAGCCCAGUACUUUGCCACCACCAUGGUCAUCGUGGGCCUGUCCGUCAUCGCCACCGUCCUGGUCCUCCAGUACCACCAUCAUGACCCGGACGGAGCCAAAAUGCCAAAGUGGGUGAGUCCAUAUCCGUCUUUCUAUCCCUGCCCAUUCCCGCGUUCUGCAUUCACUCGGAACGCCGAAUACACUCGGAAUUCCGAAUGCCGAAAUACCAUUAAGGUAGAAUUGGACCUGAAGGUUAAGGGUUCUACAUCAGCGGAUCAGUGGCUGCUCCUUGCUCUGAGGUGUGUGUGUGUGUGUGUGUGGUCAGGGUUAGUAGGCAGUUUGAGCAAUUGGCGUGAGAGGAAUGCCAAUGUGGUUUGAAAAAGAAGGGAGGGGAGGAGAGACUGCUGGCCAGGCUUGAAGGGCAGAUGGAAGUGAGUGGAAAGGGCACAGAACUUUGGAAACUGCCCAAAAAACAUUGAAAGUUUACUUAACCUGCAGGCAAAAUGCAUUAUGAUGCAAUUAUAAGCCUUAAUAGACAUGAUAAAGGUUCAUACAUGCUAAAGUGUUACCAGAGGUUAUUCCAACACUUUUUCUAGAGCAGGAAUGCUAAUUUAUUAUGUACUGUGUGUGUGUGUAUGUGUGUUGUCAUAUGUUUUCUGUGAUCUGAACUUGUACAUAUUUUAUGGAGCAGAUAUUAAAUGAAAUAUAUAUGAUAUGAAAAAUAUUGUAGACUGAUGUUUUUUCUCAAAAACAUGUAUAGCUACAGUAUACUAAGAGAACAUAAUCAGAAUGAAAAGCCAUGUUAAAAUUGUCAGCGUCUGUGUUUGAAUUGGGUGCUAAUGCACAAUGCUUGCAUAGCGAUCAUCUCCUGUUCAUGUUUCUCUCUGGGGUUGAUAAUCUAUUCUUGUCUCUCCUCCCCCUGGUGUACACAAACACACAAACACUGACACACGCAUACACACACACACACUCUCUCUCUCUCUCUCUCUCUCUCUCUCUCUCUCUCUCUCUCUCUCUCUCUCUCUCUCUCUCUCUCUCUCUCUAUCUCUUUCUCUCUCUUGCUCUCUCUCACUCUUACACAUCCCCACAAAGACACGCGUGGUGCUCCUGAACUGGUGCGCCUGGUUCCUGCGUAUGAAGCGGCCCGGUGAGGAGCGUGUGCGUCUGGCCUGCAACAACAAGCAUCCGCGCAACAGCCUCUCCAGUGUGGAGCUCAGUAUGAGCCAGGGGACCCUCCAGCCCACCAAUGGCAACAUGCUCUACAUCGGCUUCCGGGGCAUGGAGGGCAUGCACUACAACACCACCCCCGACUCGGGCGUCAUCUGCUCCAGGCUGGUGGGGGCGGGGGACGAGGAGGUGCUGCUACCUGGGGCCGGGUUGCCCAACUUGGGCAGCGUGGCAGGCGGCAUCGGGGUGGGGGUUGCGAGCCCCGUGGACUCAGACAUGUCCAAGAUCCUGGAGGAGGUGCGCUACAUCGCCAAGCGCUUCCGGGGCCAGGAUGAGGAUGAGUCGCUGUGCAACGAGUGGAAGUUUGCGGCGUCUGUGAUCGACCGGCUGUGCCUGAUGGCGUUCUCUGUGUUCACCAUCCUCUGCACCAUCGGCAUCCUCAUGUCAGCGCCCAACUUCGUGGAGGCCAUCUCCAAAGACUUCUUUACCUGA